GUUUGGGAACCACUGACCUAGUGACAGCUCUUUAACUUUAAAGCUAUUUCAAAAGGUAGUGGGCAUAAUUAUACCUUCAUUUGACCAAAUUCUAAGGCAGUAUUGCAUCUAACCUUCUCAGACAAUGCAAUCUCAUUAUAAUUAUCCAAGAUGGUAGACAGAGUCUAGACAGGGGUCAAGGUUUGGCUGGUAAACCUGGACCUUCUAGCAGUUAUGGAUAGAUGCCAUAACUACACACUUUGCAGGUGGCAAAUGUUGCACUCCUUGAAAAGGGGGAAAAUAUAUAUUAAUAAAUGAAGAGACACGGACUUGUGCUGCUGUCUGCGUGCUGAGCUGUAUUGGCUGUGACGCACAGCACAGUUCGUGUCAGCUACUCCCGGCAGCCUUUGAGUUCCCCCUACUGGACACUCCUUGAAUUACAUCUAUUUUUUUUAGUUAACCAACAGAAUUAGAACAAUAAUAAACAUCACCUUAUGAAUUAAUCAUUUUGACUUAGCACUCUUUAUGUUGCAGUUAACUUAAACUAAUAACAGUUAUCAACUAUAAUAGUUAAUCAUAUUAAUCUUUUUUUUUUUUAAACCACUACACACUCCCCCUCAAAAUUAUCAAAAUUAUCAUAUUAAAAUGUCAUCCUGACAUCUUGCAAUUCAUUUGUACUGUUUUUUUUUAAUAACAAGCUUAUUAGUCUUUGUUUCAUGUGGACUACGCUGCUUUUACUAAAUCAAUGUUUUCUCAGCCUGUAUUAUGCCACAGUCUAUCUCUGAUAUCCGUAUGCAAGAUAUGAGUUAGGAUUAUAAAAUGGCACUGGGCUUGGCCAUGGUAGAAAUGUUUGCUGUCCACAGUAAGGCAUGUUCUGAUACUGCUGAACUUCACCAUUACAGCUUGUAUUAUAGCAAGUGGGAGUACCGAGGUGAUCGUAAGUGAACAGUCGAGGGGCUCGUCUUUCUCUCUGAGGUCUAGAAUAUCUCUCAUCUGUUGUUGAAUCAUUACAUGGCUCAGGUGAUGCUGUGUUCUCAAUUUGAACCUGUUCCUCUUUGCACUGACCCAUCACAAAGGAAUGCUCAGCUUGAAUCAGUUCCUCAUCACAGUCUUCUUCACCUGGGCAUCCUUCCUCUGAUAGUCCAACAACAUCCACUUAGUCUCUGAUUUCUGUGAUUUCCUCAGUCUGCUCAGCCAGUCCACUCAUCCCUCUUUCCAGUCUGGGAUGUCAGCCAUAAAGAAGAUAGAAAGGUGAGAAUCCUGUGACCUCAGAUUUUGUACUAUUAUAUGCAAGGAUAAACUUAUUCAGGGAUUCCUUCCAGUUCGUCUUCUGCUUGUCUGUCAGUGUUUUGAGCAUUUGAAGUAAGGUCCUGUUAAAUCGCUCUGUCUGACCAUUCCCUUGUGGGUGGUAUGGCGUCGUUCUGGAACUGAGGACACCGCAAUUCUUUGUCAGCUGGGCGAAAAGCUGAUUUUCAAAUUCACCACCUUGGUCAUGGUAUAUUCGUUUUGGAAAUCCAAAACGCAGGGCAAAGUCAUUAAACAGCUACCGUUUUAGCAGACUUUGAUGUUGUGAGGUAUGCCUGUGCAAACCAUGUAAAGUUGUCGACUAUCACCAAUAUUCAUAUCCCCCCUUACAUUUGUCUAAAUGCAGGAAGUCUACAGAUACAAGCUCAAAGGGCUGCGUUGUGAUGAUAUUGGUGAGAGGGGCCCUCGCCUCUUUACAAGGCUUCUUUUGCUUCAAACAAGGACAGCUUUUUGCAACAUAAUAUUCAACCUCUUGUUGCAUAUGAGGCCAAAAGAAACGGUCUCUGACAUUGGUGGCCCAUCUCAUUAUGCAACUCUUUCAGUACAACUGUCUUGUAUCUUUCAGGUAGAACCAAUUGGUUCCUGGUAGCUGUUAGGUAUCCUGGUAUCUGCUUCAGGAUCCAAUUUUCAUCUACAUGGAGCUUCUCCCGCUCUGUAAGAGACUUAAUUUGGUGGCCACGGGGCCUCACACUGGUCAAUUUACAUUUUAUUAUAGGUCCAAUGUGUGGAUCCUCCUGUUGGGCCUGUCAUAUCUCAUCCACAGGAAUAGAACUGUUGCCAUCCCCAUCUGAUAAACAUGGAGAAUCAGACAAUGUCCAUGAUGACGAAGCUUCUUGUACUUCUACCGCUUGAGCAGUUGCUGCAAUACAGUCUGAUGACAAUUCCUCUGUACAUUGUAUAAUCAUCUCUUCAAUGCCGAGAGGCAAUCUUGAUAAGCUGUCAGCAUCUGCAUUCUCUCGGCCAGGGCAGUACUUUAUCGAAAAAUGGAAAUCGGCUAGCUCAGCUACCCACCUACAACCAGUUGCAUUCAGUUUCACACUAGAUAGUACAUACGUGAGGGGGUUAUUAUCACUGAAGACCGUGAAUGUAUGUGCGUAGUAUAAGUAGUCCCUGAAUUUCUCGGUCACCGAUCACUUAUGGGCGAGGAACUCUAAUUUACCCGAAUGGAGAUGGUAGUUUCCUUCGGCUGCUGUGAGUGUCCAAGAGCCAUACGCUAUUACACAGAGCUUGCCAUCCUGCUUUUGGUAUAAUACUGCCCCCAGACCUUGGUUUGAGGCAUCUGUGUGAAGAAUAAAGGGCAGCAAAAAAUCUGGGAAUCUGAGGAUAGGUGGCUUGACCAGAUGGUUGAUCAACUGCUCUAAAAUCUCUUGGUGCUCAGCUUUCCAAACUAUUGGUUGGUUAGAAGGCACUCCUCUAUUCUUCAGUUUGCUUUGCCUUGAUUUUUGACACAUCUUUUCCUCUCCUGGGGUGCCCUUGAGUAAGUCAUAUAGUGGUCCAGCAAUCUUUGAGAAAUCUUUAAUAUAUUGCCAGUAGUAGCUUAAUAGGCCCAUCACAGUUCGCAGCUGUCCGACAGUGCUUGGUCUCCUUUCCUUCCAUGCUCACACAGCCUCUGUAUCAGCUGGAUCCACUUUGCUGCCUUCGGCAGAAACAAUUCUUCCAAGAUAGCGGAUUUCCUUUUUGACCAUUCCACAUUUACUUGGUUUCAGUUUAAUUCUGUACCAUCUAAGCUGCUGCAGUACCUCCCGCACAUGGUGGACGUGGUCUUCAAAAGACUUGCUGUAGACUAAGAUGUCAUCUAGAUACAGCACACAUAUCCGGUCUCUCAAACUCUCCUCAUUCCUCCAUACACCUUUGAAAGGCAGCUGGAGCAUUCAUCAGGCCAAAAGGAAUUAGUUUCCACUCAUAUAACCCCCAUGGAGUUAUGAAUGCGGUCAGGGAUCUACUCUCCUUCGCCAUAAACUCUUGAUAAAACCCUUUGCCCUGAUCUAAUAAUAAAAACCAUGAAUUCCCACCCAGGUUGUUGAGGAUAUCUUGUACCCUGGGGAAUUGGCUGACGAUCAGGAUGGGUCUUCUUAUUCAGCUCCCUGUAAUCCACAUAAAGUCGCAGGCUUCCAUCCCUUUUCCUAACACAGACAACAGGUGAUGCAUAAGAUGAUGUUGAUUUUGAUAUCCAGCCCUGAGCAAUCAGGUCAUGAAGGUAAUCUUUCACUUCCCUAUAAAGCGACUUAGGCACAGAUAUGUGCGAGCGUGCAACAGGAAUUGUGUCUUUUAGAGAUAUUUUCAGCAUUAGAUUUUCUAUGCAUCUGAUGUCAUCAUCUGAUUUGGAGAAUGACAAACAUUCCUCUAGUAACAUUUUGUGUACUAUUUCUUUUUCAGAUGACUCAAAUCCACUGGGGGGUCCCAAGCAUCAAUGGUAGACUCAAUGCUGCUCGUUUGGAUGGAAGUCACUGAUGCAGGACAAUGUCAUGAUCCGUUGGGUUUCGAGCAUCAAGUACGAUGUACGAUGGGGCACCCCUCUUCACCUGCACAAGUGUCUCCUGGAACUCUAGCCCUUCUGCCCAUUUGGGAUCAACAUCAGGUUCAAACAUCAAAGUGGUGUCCUCCUUCAGUGGGCUCAUUUUAUUCGGCACUCAACCUGCAGAGAAGUAUGCUUGGGUAUUAACACCUUUUCUCUGAGAAUCCUCACCACAUAUUCAUUUGACUUUUCUGCCUUUACAAGUUCUAUAAAGGCUUGAAUGUGGUUUGUCUCUAAUCUCGGGAAAGUCAUCUUCACUAUUCUCUUUAACUGUUCCCCACAUGUUUGAUCAGUACUUUCACCUGUGCUAUUGGUCACUAUGAGCUCAAUAGCGUUGUAAGCAAUGAUAGGAUGGGAGAGGUGUUUUCCCUUUGUUACUAGAAUGGGAAUGACGGGAUCUCUGCUAUAACUGUUUUCUCCUGGCAACCAAAAUGUGACUUCUAUCCAUCCAUCAUAGGGGAUAUCUUGUCCAUUGGCUGCAACUGUCUGAAGUGUGUCAGAUGCAUCAAUUAUCUCGGAGACAAGCCUCAGCUUCACAUCAGGUAAUACGUUAUUUUUCCACCACUCAUCAAUGAUACAAACUUGAGAACCUGUGUCCCACAAUGCUGUUGUUUUUACUCCAUGGAUAUAACAAUCAAUGAAACACUGUUUUCCCACUAAACUGGCCACACUCAAUGUUUUGUUUGAAUUUGUUCUCAUUUUGAAUCUUAAUUCUUUUACAUCUUUGUGUCCAUUCUGCUUACAGUCUUUAUUGUGUUCACUUCAGUGAUGAGCUUGACAUAACUUAGAGCAGUAAAGGGCCUUGUGGCAUGAUGUACACAGUCUGAAAUUAUGGGAAUCCCCCUUCACGCCACAAGACAAGCACUGUUGGUGGGACUUUAACACCUGGCAGGUCACUUCCUGUUCCAUGGAAGCAACCCUCCCUUGUUUAAAUUACCAUCUCUGGCUAAAUUUGUUGUUCUUACUCUGCAGCCUGCCAGGAAAUGCUCACUGCUUGCACAUCUGUAACAGUGUGUACAAUACAUAUCAGUUCCACUCUGUUGGCAGUUUAAACACCUCCUAGGACAACUCCUGGGCUGCAUGAAAUGACGUUGAGGAGCAAAUCAUUGUUGAAAUUGAGCGGUUCUUCCUUUCUGUCCUGGGCUGUAUGUUGGCCAAUACGCAGGAGACGAAUACUCAAACUGAUUUACUGGUAUGUUGUUUUGUAAACCAGGUGUGGACAAAUUCUGUGCUGCACUGGCUUGAGGCAGUUAAAUCGACUCUCUGAUUUGUGACACUUCAGCACUAAGGUUCUUUAAUGGUGCCAUAUCUGAUUUGAUUUCUCUGAUUUCAUUUAGCAAGUCAGAACUGUGUUUGUUCUUAUUUUCCUGAGGCAACAUUUUCCCUUUCUUCUCUGUAGGUGCUGGAACAUCAGUGCAUUCAAGUAAGUGCACCAUCGCCUGAUGUUGGACUGCAGUUUUCUUUUUACUUUGUCUCUCUGCCUCAGUCAUGCAUGCAAUAUUCAAUUUCUCUAACAGUUCAUCACUCACAUCUGUUUGUUGCAGGUAUGGCUUGAGGUCACCUCUGAUGUAGUAGUCGUUUUGCAGGCCGGUAAGAACUGUGUGGAGAAACAUAUUUUGCAUCAGAAUAGGAUCGUAAGUAGUGUUAACAUAUACCUUGUGUCACUUUUGAAUGAUUUAUGGCUUUUGCAUAUGAUUUAUUGCACCCUCAUAAUUCUCAGACUGACAGCUGUCAGAUGUCAGGACAUGUGUCAGGUAAUAUAUGACCCAUGGUGUUACAUUGUGACGUGGCUAUGUGACUUCCUAUACCAGUGGCUGUAUGACUUCCCAAGCUGUUGUCUGUACGUGUUAAAAACAGAUCAAAACAGGGGGAGACUUUUGACUUCUCCCACCCAGCAAUGAUAUUUUAUGGUUUAUUCCUUCCUUGUCUCCUGGCUCCUUCCAGUCUGAUGGGCAAAGGUGUGAUGUCUGCGAUCGUUCAUUUCUUUGAUUGCGGGGUGCCUUAAAAGAUACCCAAGCCUAGUUUGUGUUAUGCUGACACCUCACCAGGAACAGUAAUGGGGUUCAAUACAGUAUAUGUUAAUUGAGUCAAAAUAUUUGGAUCGUGACAUUCAGGUAGACAAUCAUCCCAACAAAACAAAAGGUAUGACCAUUAAAAUAAGUGGCCUGGUGUUUUAGAAGCCUGUAUGGGACAUUAAUGGUCGAUAGGGUGGGGUGGGGGGUCUAUCAUACUGGGUGAUUAUGCGUAGUCUACGUGACGCCUGAGGGUGAUGACCCAUUUAUUGGGGUGAUUGGGUGAAGUUUUAUAUAUGUUAAUAAUGUUGUGGGCUGUACCGGCUAUUUACGUUUUGAGGUCUCUGUAUAAAGCCGGCCAGUUUUUUCGUCAGUAUGUAUCCAAGCACGCGUGUGUGUCAGACAAUCUUCGAUCUCAAACAAACUAUUUCAUUCACACCACGGCUGUUAUCGGGACGUUCGAGUGUUUUACUGUGAAGAUGACUGCUUUAUUCAACAGUGACGCGGACAAUGCGUGUGGAAAUCUUGAUGAUCUUGUUGAACAAAUUCAAUUUCUCAAUCAAGCGAGUGGAGGGUCGAAAAACGGACUCAGAUCUGCAACAAAUCAGCCGCCUUCGCGAGGCAGCUCGAACAAUCCGGAACUGGGAGAUCCUAAACCUGAAACUAGCUCCUCGACAAAUCAGCCGCCAUCGCCAGGCAGCACGAACAACCCGGAGCUGGGAGGAACGUAUCCUGCGAGUACGUCAUCAAAACGUGUAUGCAUCCAGCCACUCAAAGGAUUAUCGAACCUUAUAAAAAGUAUCGAUACGCCGCAGUGUAGGGGUGAUACAGAGAAACCUGGCUGCAGUGGGAUAACGUCGAAAAACCGCCUCAAACGUAAAAACGCCGUGGGUAACCGGACAAAAGCAAAACCUCCGGUUGAUUGUGAGAGAGACACCGACUGUAUUCCACAGACACCGGAUCGUAAGAGACCAAGACAAUCAUUUGGAGCAAUAGUUGAUGUGAAUGCUGAUGACAACGUGGUCCCAGAUGUAGAUGAUGUCCAGAACUGGGGUGAUGGUCUGUUAGAAUCGUGGGAUGCCUGUGAAUUCACUGUGUUACCUAAAGAAACACAACCGCAUGUUCCAUCUGAUGAAAACGUGGCGGUCGUGGCGGAAUCAGACCCUGAGGAACUACCUUCAAAUCAGGAGGCUUUCAUACGGGAGUCACAUCUGAAUAUAGACACUCAAUUCAUAACCACCCUUAUACAGGACACUGUCAAGUCUGUAUUGCUUACCUUGGAGGAGCAGCGUACGAAAAUUAUACAGGAUACAGUCAAGUCUGUAUUGCUUGCCUUGGAGGAACAGCGCAGGAAAAUUAUACAGGACACAAUCAGGACUGAACUUCUUGCUUUCGAAAGACACUUUACAGCCCUUUCACAGCGACAACAAGAGCAAGGUAUUUGGAUUAAACAAUCCAUAGCAGAGCAUCGCUUGAACAACGGCGUGGUCCGUCAAGUGGCCCGUGAUCAAGGCCUGACAACAGAUGUGUUGAGGCAGGUUGUCAUCACUCUUAAAAAGCGUUAUGGGUGAGUUGUAAUUACUUUUUACAUUGAUGUGUAAUUUUGUUUUGUUUCUUUUAAAAACGAUUCAUGUCAAAACAGUGUGUAAUUUAGAGUGGUUGUUUAGGACCGUUGUGUUUUAAGUGUACAAACGACGUUUUUUUGUUUUGUUUUUUAAAAUAAAUAAAAAAGAAAAUUGUUUAAAAUGCCAAAACGUUGUCGGGAGCCAGAUGAUUGUGGUCGAGGUGUGGUGGGACGGUUUAGACAAGACGAUGGUCGUAUGGACCCCGUCGAACUGUACUAUAACACAGAUGCUUUGCAUUAUUUAUUUCGGGCUAUUGAGGAGGAGGCUAAUAGACCUGUAUAUACAACAGAUAGGUUGCAAGAGUUAUUAAACUACACAACACCACAUAGAGAACAAGAACCAGACUGUAAUUUUGAACAAUUUGAAAACUUCCUGCGUAUUGGUGGGUUGGCAGAAACACCCCCACAACAAUUUGUACCAGAACCAAAUUAUGAUCUUGUACAAUUUGAACAAAAUCACCCAGAUAUUGGAUUUGAACAAACUGAUCCAGAACCAAAUUCUGAUUUUGUACAAUUUGAUCAAAAUGACCCAGAUGUUGAAAUCGCACAAUUUCCACACCAGUCAGGUGGUAACACUGGUACCCAGUCACAAUGCACUCUUAAUCUUGACGCACCAAACAUGGGUCUAUCACAUGACGUUAUACAAACUUUGAUAAGAGAGGGUGGUAAUGUGGAUGGGUACAGUGUGCUACCGCGCAGACGCUUCAAUGGUUUGGAGAUCCAUAGACUACUAAAUCUGAGGGAGAUAUCUUCUACAGAUUUAGCAGACUACACUGUGUUUUUACACAACACACUUGGUGAAAUAAUGGCAUUUUCCAGAUUAUUAGGCGGUGGUGAUAGUUUAAUCAACAUCACCUUGAGUGGUCCAAGCCUGACAUCAGAUGUCAACACAGUCGUGGCUGGUAAUGAUGAUGAUGCAUUAGAUUUAUUUAUAAAUCAGUUUGAAAAAAUAAUGCAAAGCAAUGCUAACAUACAGUUCGAUGAGAGGAUGAAUUUAAAAGUGUCGAUAGCAAGAAGUAAACACGGCGGCGUUUAUAGAAAGGUGCGUGAUCUAGCACAUAAUGAAGUGAUUGGUAAAAACAGACUCAAUCUGUUUUGUCCCACAAAUAUUUCUAACAAUCUUUGUUUCGCAAUCUGUUUGGCUCAUUUCCUAAAUCCUCAGAAACCACACACGGAGCUUGAGUCAGUAGCGUCAACGAUACAAAAUUCCGCCGGAUAUGCUGAUCAUCACAAAAUCGCUCUGAAAGAUAUUGUGCAGUUUGAACGCUUGUUGAAUAUUAAAAUAGUGGUGUUCUACAGGUCAGACACAGGGGAUUUGGUGAAGUAUGCAAACACAGAUGAUCCACAUCCUAAAACUGUGUUUUUGUACCUGCAUGACAGUCAUUAUUUUAUGAUAAAAAAUCUGCGCGCGUUUAUUGGCACGCCGUACGUGUGUGGUUUUUGCUACAAGGGUUUCACGUGUAGAAGAGAUCACAGAUGUCAGUACGUUUGUGAUGUCUGUAAUGCACCCGAUUGUCACAAGUACCCCAAAGAACCAAAGCAUUGCGCCGACUGUUUACGGUAUUGCAAAUCUGACUAUUGUUUUGACAUGCAUAAAAAAACACCUGCUGGCAUGCAACAUGCACAGUGCGACGUUACCAAAUAUUGCCGAAAAUGUAAUAGGCGUUAUCACGUCAGUGGUACAAAUCCCAAACCCCAUAAUUGCACUGCAGAUCGUUGCGCUCACUGUAGUGAGAGUUUGGUCACUGGUGGUGAACAUCAAUGCUUCAUUCAACCAGUUAAGCCGGAGAAACCGAAUGAUCGCUACAUAUUUUAUGAUUUCGAGACACGUUAUCAAAAUAA